AUAAAUUCCCCAAACCUUAACCCUAAUUAGGUUUUUAGGUCUCUCUUGCAGUCGCCGUUACCAGCAUCGAAAGGAAUAAGCUUCAGCUUCCAAAUCGGAAAAAAAAUGGUAAAGGGACGCCAAGGAGAGCGAGUCAGGCUCUAUGUAAGAGGAACCAUUUUGGGUUACAAGAGGUCAAAGUCGAACCAGUAUCCAAACACUUCAUUGAUCCAGAUUGAGGGAGUUAACACCAAGGAGGAAGUAGCUUGGUAUGCUGGCAAACGUAUGGCUUAUAUUUACAAGGCUAAGGUGAAGAAGAAUGGCUCACACUAUCGCUGCAUUUGGGGAAAAGUUACUAGACCUCAUGGUAACAGUGGUGUCGUUCGUGCUAAGUUUAAGUCUAACCUUCCCCCCAAAUCUAUGGGAGAUAGAGUCAGAGUCUUCAUGUACCCCAGCAAUAUAUGAGUUGUCUAGAUGCUCGAUGGAGUUGAUUGAUAAGUCGAGUGACUCCCUUUUCAUUUUGUUUUUAUAAACUUAGUCAAAAUGUUAUGUGUUUUGGAGCAGUCUUUUUGUUUCAUUAUGAUGCUGAACAAGACUCCGCUUUGUUACUUGACUUUGAAGUUUUGAGUAAUCAAUCAUUUAUGGAACUGAAUAGCCAGGUUGAUCUACUUGA